AUGCAUAGUUGUAUCUUUGAAUCCGAAGUGCCUAUCUUACUGCGACAUAAACAAUUACAAAAAGACUAUCAAAAUAUUUCAUUGCUUCCUCUUUCAUCAAUUCCACUUAUUGGAAAUAUACCUCAAUUCGAUAAACAACAUCAUGUUUUUUUCCAAUUACUUUGUCGAUUAGCAAAACAAUCUCAAGAUGAAGGCAAAGGUCUUUUCUGUAUAUGGCUUGGAAUAACACCGAGAAUAUUUUUAUGUUCAGGUCAAGGACUUGAAUCAUUUAUUAAUAAUAGUAAACAACUUGUGAAAUCUCUUCAUUACACUUUUCUUGAACCUUGGCUUCACACUGGUUUACUUACUAGCAACAAUGAUAAAUGGCGUAGUCGUCGUCGUUUAAUCACACCAUCAUUUCAUGAUACUCAAUUAUUGUAUAAUUUUAUGAAUAUAUUUAAUGAACAAUCAUAUAUUCUUGUUCGUCGAUUUGAUGAAUAUGCAAAACAAGAAAAUCGAACACAUGAUCUAUAUCCAUACAUAUCUGCUUGUACACUUGAUAUUAUUGCUGAAGCUGCAAUGGGUACAAAUCCAAAUGCUCAAUUAAAUGAUGAUAAAAAUGAGUUUGUACAGGCAACGGCUCGAAUAACUAGUAUAGUAGCUACACGUUCACGAUGUCCAUGGUUGUGGCCUACAUGCAUCUUCGAUCGAAUACCAAUAGGAAAGGAACAAAAAAGAGUACUCGAAAUUCUUCAUGGAUUUUCUCGCAAAGUAAUUCAAGAACGUCUUGCUACAUUUAACUCUGAAGAUGUAGUAAAUAAGAAUGAAGAAAAGAAACAAAUACGUCGUCUUGUAUUUCUCGAUAGUCUUAUUGCUCAAAUGCAUGCUGAAAAACUUUCAUUCGAUGAUAUUCAAGAAGAAGUAGAUACAUUUAUGUUUGAAGGUCAUGAUACAACUGCAGCUGCAAUAAAUUAUUGUUGUUAUUUAGUUGGAUGUCAUCAAGAUGUGCAAGAAAAAAUUCAUGCUGAAAUGGAUACGAUCUUUGCUGAUGAUAAAGAAAGAGCAUGCACUAUGGAAGAUAUUCAACAAAUGACUUAUCUUGAUUGUGUAAUCAAAGAAUCACUACGUCUUCUUCCAUCUGUUGCACAUGUCUCUCGACAAGCACAAGAAGAUUUCGUGUAUCAUGGUCAAACAAUUCGUAAAGGUACCAAUGUCGUCAUUUUCAUAUAUGGUAUUCAUCAUGAUGAAAAUGUCUUUCCUAAUUCAGAAAAAUUUGAUCCAGAAAGAUUUUCUGAUCAGAAUCUUAUUUCAACUGAAAUUUCACCUUUUGCAUAUAUUCCAUUCUCUGCUGGUUCACGUAAUUGUGUUGGUCAACGUUUUGCAGGACUUGAAGAAAGAGUUGUAUUAUCAACAUUAUUUCGUCGUUUUACUUUUCAUUCAACUCAAACUAUCGACGAAUUACAUAUAGCUACUGAAGGUAUUCUUCGUCCAGGAGUUCUAGUUCAGAUGAUUGUCAAACGUCGAUGA